GUGUUUACAAGCUCUCAGCAAGAUACCCACUAUAGCACACUUUACAUAUCUUUUUCCCCACUAGAACAUGUCCAGUAUCCUAUUGUGAUAAAAGAUGUGGCAAUGCAGGAAGUGCGGGAAGCCCGUGUAUUUCGCGGAGCGAAAACAAUCGUUAGGGUUUGACUGGCAUCCCAAGUGUCUUCGGUGUGAGGAAUGUGGCAAGAGACUAAAUCCUGGCCAGCAUGCAGAGCACAAAGGUGUUCCAUACUGCCACCACCCUUGCUAUGGAGCCCUCUUUGGCCCUCAGCUCUUUGGCCAUGGGACACGCAAUGAGUGCCACACCUCCUUUGGGAAAGUGGAGAAUAGAGAUGGACAAGUUAAAAGGUCACACUUGGAGGCUAAGCUGAAGGCAUAUAACCAGUAUUAUGAGGGGAAACCAGGGGAGCUGAAGAGCAGGGAGGCAAAUGGCCGUGUCAUUUUGGAGGGUGUGCUGAAGAUCUACUGGGGUGUACGCAAUGUCAUUCACCUGAAGGAGGAGGAUGAUCAGCGCACCAUUGCCGUAAGGAGGCGUUCGGGUGUGAACUCUGAGGCAUUCUAUCCUGACAGUGAUGAUGAGGACUCAUUUUUGUGGCGUGAUGACUCACCCAACGGCUGGCGAACACCACAGUCUCCGGGGACGCCAGUCAUCUCAAAAGGUACCACCUUUGCGAGGUCCAAUUCAGACCGUUCUUCCUCUGGAAUGGACAACAGUGGCUCUUCCUCACCAGUGAUCUUGAACACUUGUUCUCCUGAGGAUGAGGGUGUGGGUAGUUUGAAGGGAACAGGCCAAGCAGAUGGACAGGACAGUGCAUUAGGUAGUGCUGUGGUGAGUGAGAAUAAUGCAAAAGAUCCAGAGGGAAAGUCUGGUAAAAGUCCAAGCAGUGAGGAUUUGAAAGGUGCCAAAAAUUCCCAAGUGCCAUCAACACCUGUAGGUAAGGAAGCUGUUUCAGAGCCAGAGAGUAGUAUGGAAGUGCCAUCCCCACGAAAUGGACUGACUCCAAACAAGGAGACAAGUGAUUCUCCAGUGCCAGAGGGAAAAGAGGCGGUAGAUUUAAAUGCAAGCAGUGACACUCAAACCCCCGCAAAGAAGACGCCAGUCAAGACAGGAAGUACAGCCAUAAGGAGAAGGCCUGGGAGGCGAAUGGACAAAACCAAACUCAAGCGGAGAUGCUCCAUCAAUGGCCACUUCUACCUGCGUGAGACCAGCUCCUUCACCCCCCCACAUGGGUCCCCUUGUAGUGUGUGGGUGACAUCCCUCAUCACAACAGAGGAAGUGCUCAAUAUGCUCCUGGAGAAGUAUAGGGUGGAGAUGUCUUCUCGAAACUUUGCUCUCUUCGUGAUCAAGGACAAUGGAGAGAGGCGUCGUAUUAGAGAUGAUGAAUACCCACUCAUUACAAGAGUCAUGCUGGGCCCACACGAGGAAGUGGCUCGAUUCUUCAUAGUGGAUGCCCAUCAGACAGAUGAGAUCUCCCCCCAGGUGGCCCAGUUCCUCAACCUGAGUCUGGCCGAGUGUCGGGCCAUCUUGCUCCAGUAUGAGCAGGAGGAGAUGAGAAACAUCAUUGCUGUCCGUCAGAAGUAUGAGAGCAUGGCUUUCUACAUCCAGCGAAGAAUGAAGGAGCUUCGUGGUGUGUGAUGUAUAGGUGACAUAUCUAAACCAAAAGCCAGGAGACCUCCGGAGAAAUUUCUUGGCGUGCAAAGUGCCCUUGCUAUGUGAUGAAUAUAUGUAUAUGUAUAUAUAUAUAUAUAUCUCUCUCUCUCAGAACACUAUGUGAUUGUUGAAUUCUGGUAAUGAUUUAGCAUUGGAGUUUUAAGUUACAAGAGUUUUUGGAUUUGUUUUUUACCAUUAUUAUUGUUUUAUUAUUCAACCAUUGAAAUUUACCUGAGUAGAUGAAUCUCAUAUAUCUGUAUUUAUUGCAGGUGUUUUUCAUUUUAGUUAUAAUUAAUCCAUAUACUGAUUUUUUAAUGAAAAGAUGCAACAGGCUUUAAUGUUAUAUGUUAGUUCAUAUACUCUGCUGGUGUAUAAUCCAGUUCGCAAACCCAGCUCAGCUUUCAUUUGUCCACGUGUUGGAAGUCCUAUUAUUGCAUCGUUAGUUCAGUUUAAAAGGUAAGUCACAAAACACAGUUCUUUGGUCAUGCAGCCAAAGAUAAAGGCCAUAAGUUGUAUCGUUUGUUGUGGGUCACAAAUACUAAAUGCUCUCUUUAGUUUCAUAAUCUUAAAUUAAGGAAUUCAGUGUUUUUAUAUAUUCUAACCAAACAAAUCUUUUUCAUGUAUUUAUAUGUAUUUAUAAAAAGAUAAUUGUAUUUU